GCGAAUCCGAAACCACACAAGCCGAAGCGAAGCGCGCACCGAAUUCCCGGAGGAAUCGGCAUCGGCUGCUCCUCCUUCCUUCUUCCACCUCGUCGACGUCGCCUCCUUCCUCCCAUCUUUUCCAUUACUUUAAAGUUACCUCCACUACUUUACCUCCCCACUCCUCUCCCCCACCACCCACCCGCCUCCCUCUCCCUCUCUCUCUUCUUCCUCCUCCGCGACGCCUCUCCCCAAAAAAUUCCCCUCCCCGACCGCCUCGCCUCGGAUUCGAUUCCCGCGCCGCCGCUUCGCCGGCGCCGACGACGACGACCGACCGAGGAUCCGGAGGUUUGGGAGAGGAGGAGGAGGAGGAGGAGGAGGCUGUGCUUGUUCGUCCGACGACGUCCAUGUCGGGGCAUCUCGAUCGCCUCGCGCGGCCAUGUUUUGAAGGGUCUUCAAGUAAUGAUGACAAGAGAGAUCACAAGUCAGACGUUGAAAAUUCUGAAGAUGACAAGAGAACAAGAAUGGGUUCUCUGAAGAAAAAAGCUAUAGAUGCAUCAACCAAAAUUAGGCAUUCCUUGAAAAAGAAGAAGAGGAGGAGCGGCAGUCGGGUCCUCUCCGUGUCUAUUGAAGAUGUGCGUGAUCUAGAGGAGCUGCAAGCAGUUGAAGCAUUUAGACAAGCACUGAUUUUGGAUGAGUUGUUGCCUGCAAGGCAUGAUGACUAUCAUAUGAUGCUGAGAUUUCUAAAAGCAAGGAGAUUUGACAUUGAGAAAGCAAAGCAAAUGUGGACUGACAUGCUUAAAUGGAGGAAGGAGUACGGUACAGAUACAAUUGUUGAGGAUUUUGAUUACAAUGAGUUAGACGCUGUUCUGCAAUAUUAUCCUCACGGUUAUCAUGGAGUUGACAAAGACGGGAGACCUGUUUAUAUUGAAAGGCUUGGAAAGGUUGACCCCAAUAAGCUUAUGCAUGUAACAACAAUGGACCGAUAUGUAAGAUACCAUGUGAAGGAAUUUGAACGGAGCUUCUUGAUCAAGUUCCCAGCAUGCUCUCUUGCUGCAAAAAGGCACAUUGAUUCGAGCACAACAAUUCUUGAUGUUCAGGGUGUGGGUUUGAAAAAUUUCAGCAAAACUGCACGUGAAUUAAUUGUCCGAUUGCAAAAAAUUGAUAAUGAUAACUACCCAGAGACCCUAUAUCAAAUGUUUAUUGUCAAUGCUGGUCCGGGGUUUCGGCUCUUAUGGAACACUGUGAAGUCCUUUCUGGACCCAAAAACCACUUCCAAGAUACAUGUACUCGGGAACAAAUAUCAAAGCAAGCUGCUAGAAGUAAUUGAUGCUAGUGAAUUGCCGGAAUUCCUUGGUGGCGCUUGUACCUGUCCUGAAUAUGGAGGGUGUCUUAAAGCUGAAAAAGGACCAUGGAAGGACCAAAACAUACUCAAUAUAGUCCUUAGUGGCGAGGCUCAGUGUGCUCGACAAAUUGUAACUGUUUCCAAUGGAGAGGAAAAGAUAAUUUCUUAUGCCAAGUCCAAGCACCACACAAUACGAGGGAGCGAUACAUCCACUGCUGAGUCUGGAUCUGAGGCUGAAGAUGUUACGUCUCCAAAAGUACUGAGAAGUUACAUCUCCCAUCCUAAGUUGACCCCUGUCCGUGAAGAGGUCAAGAUGGUUAGAGCCACGAGCUUUUCUACUCGCAUGCCUGAAUACGAUGUUCCUGUCGUCGAUAAGGCUGUAGAUGCAACAUGGAAGAGAGAAGUGACUCGAAAGACUGCCUUCUCAUCCAAAGACUCUUCUUUGACAAGCACAGAAAGUUCAUCCAAUGGCUCUUUGGACCGGAUCGUUGCAGUUUUGCUGGCAGUUUUUAUGGCAAUCAUUACUUUAGUUCGGUCAGUUAAAGAUCUUGCUGCAAAGAGAUUGCCAGAUAAAAACGAGUCAGAACAGAAGUAUUCAACAUUAUAUCCAGACUCGAUGCCAAAAGAGGAAUUCCGACCACCUUCCCCAACUCCUGGGUUUGUUGAAGCUGAACUAUUUUCGUCAGUCUUGCAAAGGCUGGGAGAUCUUGAAGAGAAGUUCCUGAUGCUUCAAGAUAAGCCUUCAGAGAUGCCCUGCGAGAAAGAAGAGUUGCUUAAUGCUGCUGUCCGCCGUGUGGAUGCGCUGGAAGCUGAACUUAUUGUAACAAAGAAGGCCCUACAUGAGGCUCUUAUCAGGCAAGAGGAACUACUAGCCUACAUCGACAGUAAGGAGGUUGCCAAGGCUCAGAAAAAGAAGAAGGCGAUGUUUUGCUAUUAGCACCAGCCAACCAGGAGAGGGUACACCCCCUAUCUUGGGAUUAUACUUUCUGACAGCCAAAGACGGCGUUUGAGAAUUGAGAUGUUGUAAUCGGCAGCCCCCCCUGCUCGCUUCCCUGGUUCUCCUGUAAAAUGUGAAACGACAGACGUCGGAUGUAAAUCGGCAAAAUUCUGACAUAAAUAAAUGUGUUUUUUUGCACCGAGUUCUUCCC